GACGAAGGAGGAAGAGAAGAAAGAGGGGACGAAGGAGGAAGAGAAGAAAGAGGAGAAAACGAAGGAGGAAGAGAAGCCAGAACCCAAGGAGGAAAAAGUAAAGCCGGAGUUGGACAAAAUGGAGACUAAAAAACCUACCAAGCAGGUGGGGCGGAUCAACGGGCUGACUCUGAAUGUGCAGAAAAUCAAUGGCUCCUACAGCUUCAGCUUCCACAUGGUGAUUGGCCAGUUGGAUGAGGGCCUGUACAACCUGGACUUCCACUACUGUGAUAACAUUGUGCCAGGCACCAACCGCCCCUACACUCUCAAAGUGGAGGUGACGGAGAAGAACCCAGGAGGUUACCUGUCAGCAGCAGAGAUCCCUCUCCCUCGUCUCUACAUCUUCAUGGCUGGAGUCUUCUUCAUUAUAGCCAUGGUCUGGGUUUACACACUGCUGAAGCACAGGUACAGUGUGUUUAAGAUCCACUGGCUGAUGGCAGCUCUGGCCUUCACCAAGUCCAUCUCCCUGGUCUUCCACAGCAUCAACUACCACUUCAUCAACACGGAGGGACACCCCAUAGAAGGAUGGGCUGUCAUGUACUACAUUACCCACCUGUUGAAGGGGGCUCUGCUGUUCAUCACUCUGGCGUUGAUUGGUACUGGCUGGGCCUUUGUUAAAUACAUCCUGUCAGACAAGGAGAAGAAGAUCUUCAUGAUCGUCAUCCCUCUACAGGUUCUGGCCAACGUAGCCUACAUCAUAAUAGAGUCUACAGAGGAGGGCUCUAGUGAGUACGCCCUGUGGAAGGAGGUUCUGUUCCUGGUUGACCUCAUCUGCUGUGGAGCCAUCCUCUUUCCUGUUAUAUGGUCUAUUCGUCACCUACAAGAGGCUUCCAGCACUGAUGGGAAAGCUGCCAUGAACCUGGAGAAACUCAAACUAUUCAGACAUUACUACGUCAUGAUAGUGUGUUAUAUCUACUUCACAAGGAUCAUAGCCAUCCUGCUGAAGGUGACGGUGCCUUUCCAGUGGCAGUGGUGUUACGAGUUCCUAGUGGAGGUGUCUACCCUGGUCUUCUUUGUGUUGACGGGGUAUAAGUUCCGCCCGGCUUCCAACAACCCCUACCUCCAGCUGCCCCUGGAUGAGGAGGAUGUGGAGAUGGAUGAAGUGUUGACGGAGUCCGGGAUGUUGGAGGGCAUCUCUAAAGUCAAGAAGACAUCUAAUGGUCGCGAGCGCCAGAAAGAGUCUACCUUGUGAGAGUGUGUGUGUUUGAAGAGGGGGGUGUUCUAAACACCCAUAACCCCUCAGCGUUGGAGAGAAACGGGGACUGAAACGGACCAAGACACACCCUUUACCCCUCCCCCAAAACACUCCUCCUUCCUCCUCGAUCUGAAACUGUGGCUGUUACUAAAGCAAUCCCCGCCUCGCUAUGCAACAAGACAAACGACGACAGACUUUAGUUGUCGUUGGACCUUCUCUCUCUCUCUCUCGUUUAUCUGGAGACUUUCUGGAGGCUCUGCACCCCUGCCUGGUGUCUUAAUGGUUCAUUCCAGGGAGAGAACUCUUCCACCCCCCCUCAUCGAUGGAUGAAUAGAACGGUCUGGUCUGGGGUAGAAUGGACCUCUAAUGACCUCUCUCACACUCCCUUUCCCUCUCUCUCCUUUUCUUCUCUCUGGAGAACGGAGGAAGCGAGACUCCAAAGAUGAUCAUUUUCCAGAUGUGUGAUUGGUAUAUUUUAUAUCCAGAGUAUCUUGUUCUGUUUUAAUGUGACCCAACUGGCACCCUGUUGCUGAUGUAGUGCACUACACAGGGUGUGGUUUGGAACCCUGUUCCUGAUGUAGUGUACUACACAGGGUGUGGUUUGGAACCCUGUUCCUGAUGUAGUGCACUACACAGGGUGUGGUUUGGAACCCUGUUCCUGAUGUAGUGCACUACACAGGGUGUGGUUUGGAACCCUGUUCCUGAUGUAGUGCACUACACAGGGUGUGGUUUGGAACCCUGUUCCUGAUGUAGUGCACUACACAGGGUGUGGUUUGGAACCCUGUUCCUGAUGUAGUGCACUACACAGGGUGUGGUUUGGCACCCUGUUCCUGAUGUAGUGCACUACACAGGGUGUGGUUUGGAACCCUGUUCCUGAUGUAGUGCACUACACGGUGUGGUUUGGAACCCUGUUCCUGAUGUAGUGCACUACACAGGGUGUGGUUUGGAACCCUGUUCCUGAUGUAGUGCACUACACAGGGUGUGGUUUGGAACCCUGUUCCUGAUGUAGUGCACUACACAGGGUGUGGUCAGGAACCCUGUUCCUGAUGUAGUGCACUACACAGGGUGUGGUACUUCUGUUGGACUACGUUGGCUGUAUUUUGAUGUGUGUUUUGGCUGUGUGUUUCUUCCAUUUGGAGAUGCAGUUUGAGACACCAGUCUGUCUGUCUCUCCGUAGAACAGGGGUUAUCCAACCUUCCUCUGUAGGAGCUGGUAUGGGUGCAGGCUUUUGCUCCGGCCCUGCAGUAAAACACCUGGUUGAACUAAUCACUUUUUAUAGUUGAUUAAUUAUAGUCAAGUCAAAUUCUAGUUAUCAAUAAAGAACAGCUGAUUCAACUGA